AUGGAGGCAAGUAACCUUCAAAUAUAUUGGCAUGAGUCUCAGCCUAUUUACAGCCUGUCCUUUCAGUCAAAACCCCUUCAAAAAGAACAAACUACAAGAUUAGUUACGGCUGGCGGUGACAAUAAGAUUCGUGUAUGGCAGUUAAACUUCGAUGGUCAAGACAGAAGCAAAGUAGAUACUAUUGAUUUUCUUUCAUCACUCACUCAACAUGAACAAGCCGUCAAUGUUGUAAGAUUUGAUCCUUCACAUGAAAGUAUAGCAUCAGCAGGCGAUGAUGGUCAACUUCUGCUUUGGAGGAAAAAUGAAAAUAUAUCGAAAGAGUUUGGGGUAGACGACGAAGAAUUCGCAGAUUUUAAAGAGUCUUGGUACGUCUGGAAGCGUUUACGUUCGUCUACAGCCGCGGGUUCUUCCGAAAUCUACGACUUGUCCUGGAGUCCAGAUGGAAAAUUCGUCGCUACGGGGUCAAUGGACAAUAGUAUCAGGAUAUUCGAUGUAGCGGGUGAAUCGUGCGUAGCAAUUGCUUCAGAUCAUAAUCACUACGUACAGGGUGUCGUUUGGGAUCCGCAAAACGAGUUCAUUUUCUCACAGUCCGCCGACCGUUCAGUGCACGUACACCGCAUAAUUUACGAUGCCAGCGGGACCGUCUCUGACCUGAAGCUAACAAAUCGCAUCAUAAGAGGAGAUUUGCCAUGUCGCACAGCUGCGAACUCCACGGAAUUGGAUUACAAGAACAUAAAAUCUUCUUACCUUUUCCACAAUGAGACUCUGCCGUCAUUUUUCCGUCGCCUUGAUAUGUCACCAUGCGGUAAUCUGCUCUGUCUCCCUGCUGGUGUUUUUAAAAACUGUAACAGCACAUCAGAAAGCGGCAAUGGCAAUGACGAGCUUGCAAACGCAGUUUACAUCUUUACGCGACCAUAUUUGAAAAACAGCAGUAACAGGCCAAUAUUAGUACUACCAUUUUUCAAAAAACCUGCUUUGGUGGUUUCAUUCUGCCCACAGUUAUAUCAGCUAUCCGUUGGUUCGAGUCCCUACGUUCAACUACCAUACAAGCUUAUUUUUGCGGUCGCGACUUCUGACGAGGUUUUCAUCUACGAUACAGAAGUGAUAGAGCCCAUUUGCAUCAUAGGAAAUCUGCACUACACACCGAUCACCGAUAUAGCAUGGCAACGAGAUGGAUCCAUGGUCAUGGUUUCUUCCACGGAUGGUUUCUGCUCGUAUAUUUCAAUACCAGACGGAACCCUUGGAGCGGUUUACAUUGAAAAGACCCCAAAUACUUCAUUUAAACCCAUGCAAACUGAGUCCAAGGUUUCCGGGAGGACACCUGUAACAAUCAGCACGUUGCAAGUAAGACGAAAGGAAAAGCCCAUCACUGAAGACGUAAAGAACUUGCCAGACGCAUCAUCCAUUGGCGGGUCCCCAAAGCAAGACGGUGCAGCAGCCAUACAAAACAAGCCACCCACACAAAAUGACACGAGGCCAGUACCUCGAAGAAUACAACCUACGUUGAUGUUUCAGUCUAACAAAAAAUAG